GACUGAGCCCCGCCGCCGCCGCCACCAUGACUGAGCCCCGCCGCCGCCGCCACCAUGACUGAGCCCCGCCGCCACCAUGACUGAGCCCCGCCGCCGCCGGCCGAGGAAUGGGCUCCGGGCUCUGGUAGGAAGCGCAGGGAACGGGGGGCGCUUUUAGAACACCGAUCUGGGUUUUUUUAAAAACCUCCUUUGAAAAAAUAAUGGCAAACUCGACGGGAAAGGCGCCUCCGGACGAGCGGAGAAAGGGACUCGCUUUCCUGGACGAGCUGCGGCAGUUCCACCACAGCAGAGGGUCGCCCUUUAAAAAAAUCCCUGCGGUGGGUGGGAAGGAGCUGGAUCUUCACGGUCUCUACACCAGAGUCACUACUUUAGGCGGAUUCGCGAAGGUUUCUGAGAAGAAUCAGUGGGGAGAAAUUGUUGAAGAGUUCAACUUUCCCAGAAGUUGUUCUAACGCUGCCUUUGCUUUAAAACAGUAUUACUUACGUUACCUAGAAAAGUACGAGAAAGUUCAUCAUUUUGGGGAGGAUGAUGAUGAGGUACCACCAGGCAAUCCAAAGCCACAGCUUCCUAUUGGUGCAAUUCCAUCUUCCUACAAUUACCAGCAACACAGUGUGUCAGAUUAUCUGCGUCAAAGUUAUGGGCUAUCUAUGGACUUCAAUUCGCCAAAUGAUUAUAAUAAAUUGGUGCUUUCACUGUUAUCUGGACUACCAAAUGAAGUGGACUUUGCUAUUAAUGUAUGCACUCUCCUAUCAAAUGAAAGCAAGCAUGUCAUGCAACUUGAAAAAGACCCUAAAAUCAUCACCUUAUUACUUGCUAAUGCUGGGGUAUUUGAUGACACUUUAGGAUCCUUUUCUUCUGUAUUUGGAGAAGAAUGGAAAGAGAAGACUGAUAGAGAUUUUGUUAAGUUUUGGAAAGACGUUGAUGAUAAUGAAGUUCGUGACCUCAUUUCUGACAGAAACAAGUCUCAUGAAGGUACAUCAGGAGAAUGGAUUUGGGAAUCUUUAUUUCAUCCACCUCGAAAGUUGGGCAUUAAUGAUAUCAAAGGACAACGGGUACUUCAGAUUGCAGUGAUUUUGAGAAAUCUUUCCUUUGAGGAGGGCAAUGUUAAGUUCUUGGCAGCUAAUCGUACCUGUCUUCGUUUCUUAUUACUUUCUGCACAUAGUCAUUUUAUUUCUCUAAGGCAAUUGGGACUUGACACAUUAGGAAAUAUUGCAGCUGAGCUUUUAUUGGACCCUGUUGAUUUCAAAACUACUCAUCUGAUGUUUCAUACCGUUACAAAAUGCCUAAUGUCAAGGGAUAGGUUUUUAAAGAUGAGGGGCAUGGAAAUUUUGGGAAAUCUUUGCAAAGCAGAAGAUAAUGGUGUUCUAAUUUGCGAAUAUGUGGAUCAGGACUCAUACAGAGAAAUCAUUUGUCAUCUCACUUUACCUGAUGUGCUGCUUGUAAUCUCAACACUCGAGGUGCUAUAUAUGCUCACAGAAAUGGGAGAUGUUGCUUGCACAAAAAUUGCAAAAGUAGAAAAGAGCAUAGAUAUGUUAGUCUGUCUCAUUUCUAUGGAUAUUCAGAUGUUUGGCCCUGAUGCACUAGCUGCAGUAAAACUCGUUGAACACCCAAGUUCCAAUCAAGUUUUAUCUGAAAUUAGGCCACAAGCUGUAGAGCAAGUCCAAACCCAGACCCAUGUAGCAUCUGCCCCAGCUUCCAGAGCAGUUGUAGCACAGCAUGUUGCUCCACCUCCGGGAAUAGUGGAAAUAGACAGUGAGAAGUUUGCUUGUCAGUGGUUAAAUGCUCAUUUUGAAGUAAAUCCAGAUUGUUCUGUCUCUCGAGCAGAAAUGUAUUCUGAAUACCUCUCAACCUGCAGUAAAUUAGCUCGUGGUGGAAUUCUAACAUCAACUGGAUUUUAUAAAUGUCUAGGAAUCCCUCAUGGACCACAAACUGUAGGAAACCAUUUUCAGAGGACUCCUGUUACCAACCAAUCUUCAAAUUUGACUGCAACACAAAUGUCUUUUCCAGUACAAGGUGUUCAUUCUGUGGCACAGACUGUUUCAAGAAUUCCACCAAAUCCUUCAGUUCAUAACCACCAGCAGCAAAAUGCUCCGGUGACUGUCAUUCAAAAUAAAGCUCCAAUUCCUUGUGAAGUUGUUAAAGCUGCAGUAAUCCAGAAUUCUGUACCCCAGUCAGCAGUUCCUGUUAGUCUUCCUGUUGGAGGAGGAACUGCACAGAGUUCUGUGGUUCAGAAUCAUAAUACAGGGCCACAACCUGUUACAGUUGUAAAUUCUCAAACUUUGCUUCACCAUUCAUCUGUAAUUCCACAGCAGCCUCCAUUACACACAGUGGUACCUGGACAGAUACCUUCAGGCACUCCUGUUACGGUAAUUCAACAAGCUGUACCACAGAGUCAUAUAUUUGGCAGAGUACAGAACAUACCAGCUUGUACUUCUACAGUUACACAGGGUCAGCAGUUAAUCACCACAUCACCCCAACCUGUGCAAACUUCAUCUCAACAGACAUCAGUUGGUAGCCAGCCACAAGACACUGUUAUCAUAGCACCUCCACAAUAUGUUACAACUUCAGCAUCCAAUAUUGUCUCAGCAGCUUCAGUGCAGAAUUUUCAGGUAGCUGCAGGACAAAUGGUUACCAUUGCUGGUGUCCCAAGUCCACAACCCUCAAGGGUAGGGUUUCAGAACAUUGCACCAAAACCUCUCCCUUCUCAACAAGUUUCAUCAACAGUGGUACAGCAGCCUAUUCAACAACCACAACAGCCAACCCAACAAAGUGUAGUGAUUGUAAGCCAGCCAGCUCAACAAGGUCAAACUUAUGCACCAGCCAUUCACCAAAUUGUUCUUGCUAAUCCAGCAGCUCUUCCAGCUGGCCAGACAGUUCAGCUAACUGGACAACCAAACAUAACUCCAUCUUCCUCACCAUCACCUGUCCCAGCAACUAAUAACCAAACCCCUACUGCCAUGUCAUCAUCAUCUUCCACCCCUCAAUCACAAGGACCACCUCCUACUGUCAGUCAAAUGCUAUCUGUGAAAAGGCAGCAACAGCAGCAGCAUUCACCAGCACCCCCACCACAGCAGGUACAAGUACAAGUACAGCCACAGCAAACGAAUGCAGGUGUUGGUCAGCCUGCUUCUGGUGAGUCAAGUCUGAUAAAACAGUUGCUGCUUCCGAAGCGUGGGCCUUCAACUCCAGGUGGUAAGCUUAUUCUCCCAGCUCCACAGAUUCCUCCCCCUAAUAAUGCAAGAGCUCCUAGCCCUCAGGUGGUCUAUCAGGUGGCCAAUAACCAAGCAGCAGGUUUUGGGGUACAGGGGCAAACUCCAGCUCAGCAGCUAUUGGUUGGGCAGCAAAAUGUUCAGUUGGUCCAAAGUGCAAUGCCACCCACAGGGGGAGUGCAAACCAUACCCAUCUCGAACUUACAAAUAUUGCCAGGUCCGCUGAUCUCAAAUAGCCCAGCAACCAUUUUCCAAGGGACUUCUGGCAACCAGGUAACCAUAACAGUUGUGCCAAAUACAAGUUUUGCAACUGCAACUGUGAGUCAGGGAAAUGCAACUCAGCUCAUUGCUCCAGCAGGAAUUACCAUGAGCGGAACACAGACAGGAGUUGGACUGCAGGUGCAAACGCUUCCAGCCACUCAAGCAUCUCCAGCUGGACAAUCACCGUGUACUACUGCUACUCCCCCAUUCAAAGGUGAUAAAAUAAUUUGCCAAAAGGAGGAGGAAGCAAAGGAAGCAACAGGUUUACAUGUUCAUGAACGUAAAAUUGAAGUCAUGGAAAAUCCAUCCUGCCGACGAGGAGCUAGCACCAGCAAUGGGGAUACAAAGGAAAACGAAGUGCAAGUGGGAAGUCUUUUAAAUGGGAGAAAGUACAGUGACUCAAGUCUACCUCCUUCAAACUCAGGGAAAAUUCAAAGUGAGGCUAAUCAGUGCUCACUAAUCAGUAAUGGGCCAUCAUUAGAAUUAGGUGAGAACGGAGCAUCUGGAAAACAAAACUCAGAACAAAUGGACAUGCAGGAAAUAAAAAGUGAUUUGAAAAAACCCCUAGUUAAUGGAAUCUGUGAUUUUGAUAAAGGAGAUGGUUCACAUUUGAGCAAAAACAUUCCAAAUCACAAAACUUCCAAUCAUGUAGGAAAUGGUGAGAUACCUCCAGUGGAACCACAAGGAACUUUAGAUGCUACCCAGCAAGAUACUGCCAAAGGUGAUCAACUAGAAAGAAUUUCUAAUGGACCUAUUUUAAUGUUGGGUGGUUCACCAUCUGUGAGCAGCAUACAGGAGGCUUCAAAUGUGGCAGCACAGCAAUUUAGUGGUACUGAUUUGCCUAAUGGACCUCUAGCUUCAAAUUUGAAUUCAGAUGUGCCUCAGCAACGCCCUAGUGUAGUUGUCUCACCACAUUCUACAACCUCUGUUAUACAGGGGCAUCAAAUCAUAGCAGUUCCCCACUCAGGAUCAAGAGGAUCCCAGUCUCCUGCCCUGUCAUCUGAAGUUCCAUCUACAAAUGGCACAGCAGAAUGCAAAACUGUAAAGAGGCCAGCAGAGGAUAAUGAUAGGGAAACAGUCACAGUAAUUCCAAAUAAAGUAGGAGUUAGAAUUGUUACAAUCAGUGACCCCAACAAUGCUGCCUGCAGUGCAACAAUGGUUGCCGUUCCAGCAGGAGCAGAUCCAAGCACUGUAGCUAAAGUAGCAAUAGAAAGUGCUGUUCAGCAAAAACAGCAGCAUACACCAACAUACGUACAGAAUGUGCUCCCACAGAACACUCCUAUGACACUGUCACCAGCUGUGCAAGUGCAGGGCCAGCCUAACAAUUCUCAGCCUUCCCCGUUCAGUACAUCCAGUCAACACGGAGAUCCAAUGAGAAAACCUGGACAAAACGUCAUGUGUCUGUGGCAGUCUUGUAAAAAGUAAAUGACAAUUUUAUUUGAAAUAUAUAAACGCUAUCUUUAUUUUGGAAUGCUUUUAUAUUUAAAUUUCUGUCAUCUAUAGUUUCAUGAAAAUUAUCAUUUGAAAUCACUGUUGUUUAGCAAAAAUAUUUUAUGGUAAGUGAUAUUUACAUAGAUUCAGUGGCACUUAGGCAAAGAAACUUAUAUAAAUGGUAUAAAGAGCUUCACUGCCUAAUGGUAAGUUUUAGGGCAUGUGUUUCAGCAUUAGUUUUUAAUACAAGCAAAUCAGUUAAGAAUUUGAUGGUAUAUAUGACUAAGAAAAAGACCUAGGUUUUAACAUUUUUAAAGUAACUUGAACCUAGUGGUAGCUAAUUUCUGUAUAAUAGAUGUUAGAGGUAACAUCAGUUAGAACAACUUGUCUUAAGUGUAAAAUUGGGGCAGACACCUUAUGAAAAUUAUUUUAAAAGGCAUAACAUCUUACAUUGUAGUCAACUUAUAACAGACAAACAAUGAAUAGAACUGAAUUUAAGGCUCUUUUAGACUUGAAGGAAAACUUGAGAAUAAUAUUAAAAUAAAAAUCUUAGUUCCUUGAACAAUCCUCUGCCAAAAUCCUCUGCGUUGAGUAACUCUUUAGAGCUGUAGGACUAAGAUGCUUGUCUUAAUAGACAUAACACCCUUCAUUUCUUAGAUAUCUAGGAUUCCAUUUCAUUCUUAAGUAAAUAAAAUUACCACAUUCUGAAAAAAAAAAAAAUAAUUUAUUACAGCUUAAGAUGGCCAGUGAUGUGAAUGAACUAUAAUUAUAAUUAUUAUUUUCCAAAGUCAAGAGAUGUUGAGAGUUAUAAUUGCUUAAAUGAUUAUUACUUUGUUACUUAAUAUAAAAAUUUCACAAUUUCUUAGAGAAAUGUCACAAUUAACUGGGAACAAUCAUAUUUUUAAGUGAAUGGGAAAGAAAAUUAUUUUUUAUAUGAACCAUUUCUACCAUUUUCUAAAAUAUAAUACAGUUAUUUUCCAGAACUACUGCUUUUUCUUAGAGAAUGCUACAUGUGAGAAAUAAAAAUUCAGCACAAAAAUAUUCUUGUACUGUUCUGAAAAAAAUAUAUAGCAACAUAAGCUGUGCCUGAUUAUGAAAUAAAUAGUAUUGACAUUUAUUCUGUGGCCACUAGCAGAAUGACUGAGUGCACCAAUAAAAAUUCACAGGACAUAAUCCCAUCAACUGAAUUAGAAAAACAUGAUGAACCCAA